AUGGAAAACUCAGAUUCCAAUAAUAAAGGAAGUGGGUCUACAGCCCAGCCCAGAAGUCAGAUGGACAAACUGGCUUGGCAAGAAGCUUUCUAUAGAUUUGUAAAUAACCUAAGUGAAGAAGAUUACAGGCUUAUGAGAGAUAACGAAUUGUUUGGCACCCUGGGUGAAAGUACUGAAGAAGAGUUGCUGAGAAGACUACAAGUUAAAGAGGACAUGCCACCACAAAAUUCAGGUAAAAAUAAUAGAGGAGACUCUUCAGAUGAUGUGUCUAGUGAUGACUCUCUGAUAGAAUGGCUUAUGUCUUUUGAAGAAAACGAAGAUAUGACAGGAAGUAGGCAAAGCGAAAACCAAACUUGGAGAGCAAUGAGCCCGACUAAUCCAAACAAUGGUGAUUUCAAAUUCAAUUUAGAGAUGAAUUCUAACCUUAAUCAUGGGAACUUGAAUCCAGAAAAUGAGUAUGCAUCAUCUGCAAGACAUUCCAGGGGUGAAUAUAUGGAAAACAGCCAAAGGCAAGUAGAAAAUCCACCAUCUGAAUUAACAUAUGCAAGGCAAUCAACAUCAGAACGAAGUACAACUGAAGCAUUUACAGAAGUCCCACCUACCAGAGGUCAGAAAAGAGCAAGAAUUAGGAGCCCAAACCAUUGGAGAACUAGAUUGAGUGUUGAAAGUAGUUCACCUCUGAAUCUAAUGAGUGAUGUUUCACCAAGACCUCAUCAUAGUAUCACACCUCAUGCUUUUGAGCAUCCUCUGAUAAAUGAGACUGAGAGGUUUUCUAGAACCUGGCACCACGAGUCACUGAGACAGCAGAUAACUGGGCCUGAGUUGCCAAUGUGGAGUCUUUUGGCAACUUCUGGAACAAGGACUGUCUCUCAAGGGGCAAGUUCUCCAGAAACAACCAGCAGUGAUGAAUCUGAACAGAGAAAGUCAACCAUACUUUUUGAUCCUGAAGUAGAACGAGUUCAUCCUGGAGAAUACUGGCAGAGAGACUCCAUAACUAGUAGAGCUCACUUAAUGUCUCCAACACCAUACAAUGCAAUCACUCAUGAAAGUGAACAAAGAAGUUUUAGGCAUAUAUUGUCACAUCCUGAACUGGCAGAUGCAAGAUCUUAUGUCAGUACCACCAGAAUGCCCAUUCAUAGAUGUUUAAAUACUGGUUUAUGUAAUACUACAUCUGUUGCAACUCACAGCACAUUAAGGCACAUGAUGACAGAAUUUGAUGAUUCCCACUACUUUAUGCACAGUGAUAGUGAUUUAGAGCCUCAUGGCUUAGCCACAAGUGAAAAUAUAGAAAGAUCAGAGUUACAGAAUGGAAGAGGUUACAGUUCUAGUUCAAGUAGUAGUCUUAUUUCCAGCUCCAGCUCCAGCUCCAGUUCUGGUUCCAGCUGUGAAAGUUCAGGAACAAGAUCAGAAAUGUUUGAAGGUAGUAAUGAAAGAAGUUCAUCAUCAGGCGCAUCAUCAGCGGACAGCCAAGAAGAUCAACAUGUGGCCCCAGUAACAUCCGAUAACAGUGACUCUUGGCCCUUUAAUCUGGUUCAGUAUUUCCUUUUAAAUGAAGAUGAGAAUGACCCACCUACAGGCCUCAGCAAAGAACAGGUCAACAACUUGGCAGUAAGAAGCUGUGAAGCAAAUGAUGUAUUAAAAGCCUGUAUCAUUUGCAUCACAGAAUACACAGAAGGCAAUAAGAUCCGUGUACUACCUUGUUCCCAUGAAUAUCACGUUCACUGCAUUGAUCACUGGCUGUCUGAGAACUCUACUUGUCCUAUUUGUUGCCAUAAAGUCACAGAUUCUGGUAACAGAGAAAACUUUGAGAUCUGA